CAUAUCUCCGCCACACCUUCAUUUCUUAGCUCUCCAGCCGGAACGAAUAGCGGGUUGAAUAGAAUCAAGGUCUUUCUCUACGGCUUCGGGCCAUGUUGUGCGUCUGUGCCUCUAAUGUGGGUAAAUACUGCCACCCAGUGACGAUUGUAUGCAAUUGACUGAUUUGGAGAGGAGGCGGGACUUCCGCGUUUGAAGUGACACUACUCUGAAUAUUUCGCGGGAACUUGCGAAAACGUCGAUACUAUAGGCACUGUUGCUGCGGAGAUAACGUUACACGUAAAACGAUAAAAGUAAGGUUAUAAUGGACCCUUCUGAGGUCGAAUUCCUUGCCGAGAAGGAGGUAGUGAAGAUUAUCCCCAAUUUCAGUCUUGACAAAAUCUACUUGAUCGGGGGUGAUCUUGGUCCUUUUAACCCAGGGCUACCUGUCGACGUGCCUGUGUGGCUGGCCCUCAAUCUGAAACAGAGGCAGAAAUGCAGGAUAGUGCCACCAGAGUGGAUGGAUGUAGAGAAACUGGAGGAGAUAAGAGAGCUAGAGAGGAAGGAAGAGACAUUCACCCCUGUCCCCAGUCCAUACUACAUGGAGCUGACCAAGCUGCUACUCAACCAUGCAUCUGAUAACAUUCCCAAAGCGGAUGAGAUCCGCACACUGGUGAAGGACAUCUGGGACACGCGCAUCGCCAAGCUCCGCCUCUCUGCUGACAGCUUCAUCAGCCAGCAGGAAGCACACGCCAAGCUGGACAACCUGACUCUGAUGGAGAUUAACACGACACGGUCGUUCCUGCUGGACACUCUCAACUGCAUGUAUAAGCUGCGCUCCAACCUGCAGCCCGGCUCCAGUGGGGGCAAAGCCCAGGACCACUGAUCUGUAUUUACGGACUAGAUCUGGACCUGCGCCGCAGCCUCUCCUUCUCCUCCAAGAUGGAGCAGACUUAGGCCCAGCUUUACUAAGCAUUUGCACCAGCUGCAAAGUAAAAUAAAAUCUGCAAUACGGAGAACGCGGAUGGAAUCAUGGAAUCCAGACAUUAAAUCAGAAUUCAACAAAAUUCUAAAAUGCAUUGAACUUAGUAGGGUAUCUUAUUGAACAUUAAUUAGCCCAAGUUUAUCAUAAGGCAUGAACAGAAUGCGUCAGUGAUUUGUAUUUCCUGCUACUUUCUGAAGAGUCUGAUGUGGUUUAAUCAUUCUUGUGGACUUUUCUAUUAAAAGUGUUGUUUUUGUGAGUGAAAACACGAAACCUGGAAAACAAAAUGGAAAUUUAGAAAAAAAAUAAUGGAAUCAGGCAAAAAGUAAAACCGAUUUUAUAGGGCCCUAAGUCUGGUCCUAGUGAAGACAGAGCUGACCAGCAGAUAUUUUGGGAGCCCUUAUCUGAAGAUGUCAUGCCACAACUAUCUGAUUCCUUAGUACAAUGUGUUAUCUCAUUGGAUUUGUUUCUAGUUGAAGCUUCGGCAGUCCUCUUCAACAGGUCAUGGACUCCCUGGUGGAAACGCCCUGCUUUGGUCUGGCUGAUCCAUGUAUCGUUGGACUUUUCCCCCCAAAAUCUGGGUUGAUGCCUUUUAAAAUAUUUGUAUAAAUGUCAUGCUUAAUAGAGGUAACAGUGAUGGUUUAGAGAUAUAUACCUUGUGUAACAGGUAUCAUCCAUGUAUGAUUCUGAAUAGACUGGUAAGUCUAGUUUGAGGAAGAGGAACAACAUAAUGUUAUGGAUGGAGAGGGGCAGGUCUACAUGUAUGAUUCUGAAUAGACUGGUAAGUCUAGUUUGAGGAAGAGGAACAACAUAAUGUUAUGGAUGGAGAGGGGCAGGUCUACAUGUAUGAUUCUGAAUAGACUGGUAAGUCUAGUUUGAGGAAGAGGAACAACAUAAUGUUAUGGAUGGAGAGGGGCAGGUCUACAUGUAUGAUUCUGAAUAGACUGGUAAGUCUAGUUUGAGGAAGAGGAACAACAUAAUGUUAUGGAUGGAGGGGGGCAGGUCUACAUUGGGAAAUCAAAGAAGCAACAUGCAGAAUGUUAGAACAUGUUAUGUUUCAGUAUGUGUAAUUAAAAUAUGUAUAUAUUUUUGUUAA